AUGAGCGAGGUCGACCUGUCAAAAUCACAAUCGCAUGCUUUUACUGAUCUCGCGGCUCAGCUCCGAAAGGACUCAGAAGACUCGGCUCAGCUGGUGCAGAAACUUUCAGAGUCCGUUCGAAAUGCAGAUUUCGACCAUCCAGAAGGACUAUCUCUUUUAACAGCCAAGGUCGAUGCACUUCUAGCAUACAUACAGAACCUAGCUCUCUUAUGCGUUCAACGUCUAAGUGGAAACACUCUAUCGCAGGAACCCGGCGCAUUGUACGUGCAAAACUUGGUCAGAUUGCGUUUGCGCCUAGAAAAAAUGCGUCCCAUGGAAGCACGGCUCAAAUAUCAAGUGGAAAAACUCCUUCAGGCGGCCGUCGCCGUGGAGCGUGAAUCUUCCCAGCGCGUAGCAACGGAUGGCGGUGCCGAUGCGGAAGCUGCUGAUGAAGAUAUGGACCUACUCUCAUUUCGUCCGAAUCCUGAGGGACUCGCACCCGCCCAAGUCGGUCGGCAGGAGUCCAGAUUGCCUAACGAGGACGCUGAUGCAACAGAAGGCGUUUACCGGCCACCAAAAGUUGCGCCGAUGGUGUAUGACCCCGAUGCGCAUGUAUCACGCAAGGCACGGAAUAAAGACAGGCAACCAUCGCGUAACACGGCACUCUUGGCCGACCUAUCUGCGGGAAUGUCGACCAAUCCAUACGAGACAUCUGUUGCUGGUGUGGGUGGCGAUUUGGCCGUAGGUACAGCUGGCUCAUCACGUGCACGUGCUCUCCGACGUAUGCAAGAGUUUGAGGAAGACAACUAUAAGCGACUCUCACUUAACAAGAAGGAUGCGAAACGCCGGCGUCGCGACGAACAGGAUGUGGCUCUCGGUGGUUUGGGUCUCUCUGGUCGCGGCAACCGGCUAAGCGGUGGUGUCGAGGAAGAGUUCGGCGACUUGUUGCGUGGAUCAGAACGCGAUGCACGCCGUCGUGAGCGCGGUGACGAUCGAGAUGCAUACCACGCGUUGCAGAAGCGAGCGAAACGGCCCACUGUCACGGCGCAAGCCAAGCAGCAUGCAGAUAUGCAUACCUCGCUUGCAUCAGGCUCAGGUUCAGCUCGGCAAUUCAAAAAGGCCAUGCGCAAACAACGACAAAAGACACGCUCGUAA